AGGGCUAAAAAGAAGAUUUUGCAGGAACUGGGAGCUCAGCUCAGGUAACUGACUGAACUGUAUUCUUCAUCUUACAUCUUACCUUCCAUUGUCAACUUCUACUGCAAAUUUAGUUAGCAAAUUACUUAUCUACUUACCAUGGUGGUUGAUAGCUUGGAGGGCUGAACACUUACAUUACCAUUAUUAUUUUAUGAUUAAUGUAUUAUUGUACAAUUUCUAAAACCAUAGUUCAUAGUUCCUCCCACAUAAAAUUUUUAAUGAACUUCACUGUAACAUUAUAUUAUGCAUUUCCGUUUCUUGGGUUUGGAAGGUUACCAGUCUUUUCAAUACAAGUUAAUUCCUUCAAGUUGUAAAUAAUUUAAUGUGCUUGGCGUAAAGAACAAAGAAUAUUCACCCAAAAUUUUUUCUUGUUCAACUGCAAACUUGAAGUGAUUGAAAUUUUUGUGCAGUUUCACUGCUUGAGUUCUCCUCGCAAAACGACUUGUAUUGAAAUGACUUUGUAUCAAAACGACAGGAUUCUGUUUGGAAGGGUAGGGAUGUUUCCUGAAAAUUACAUGAUGCAGGUAGAGUAAUCAAGGCUUGAAAAAGGCUUGAAUUCCAGCUUGUCCUUUGGGCAAGCAGCUGUCAUAUUUUUGUUGCACAGGGUCACUUCUUGCUAGUCUUAGUGAAUGAUUUUAUUAGAGGAUGACUUACCUGGAGUCUUACCCGUUGGACAAGUAAGCUUUAAAAGUUAGUUGCCCAGCAAGAAAAUCUACCUAUACCGGACUACUGGACAUUACCAUUUUUAAGCUCUGAGCCAUAUGUUUUUACAACUUGAUACACUGUUCACUCUCAUAGUUAUGUGUGACUAAGUCACUAAAAGUCUUUUGGCACUUUAAAUUUAAUAGUAUAUCCACUGAACGCCAUAGAGCUGAGGUGCGAAGAGCCUAUAGUGAUGACAGAUUGGCUAUCGUGGCGGAAAGGUACAGUAGGCUUCAAUAUUUCCCUUAA